AUGCCUCGCCCACCAGACACAUAUACUCACAGCCAGUUCACGCCCGUCGACGCCGACACGAAAGGCGAAAGCGUACAAUGUAACCACUGCAAGGUCUGGACUGGGAACAUCAAGACCUUGAACCGCAAGAAAGACCACCUUCUCAAGUGCCAGGCGUACAUGACCUGGCGAGCGCAGGGUAACGGCCAGGAUAUCCCGCCUGCCAAUACUUACAACAAGCGGGACUCAAAUGUUGAAGGCGAAGGCGAAUACGAAUCACCAUAUGGUGGAUAUGCUCCUGCCCAGGCCACGCCCACAUUCACACGUGAUCGGUCUAACUUUGAUAUCACGAAAUCAUUCGACGAGUUCUGGGACGACACGGCAUCACAGAAAUGCAUGCGCGUACGCUGCAAGCACUGCGGAUUCGUCCGGGCGAAGAACACUACUCGCCAAGUCGAACAUCUGGCCACCUGCCGAGAUUUCCUCAGCUCGACUGAAGGUCGGGAGGCCCUUGCAAAUGGUGGGCUCAUGCCCACGCCUACCGAAGGCAAUGGCGAAGUCUGGCGUGGUGGCGCACCUAAUCCCGCCCUGGCUGGCAUGAUCGCACGACGUGGUCCUAACAAGCUACGCCAAAGCACAGGAAAUCAGCACACACCAGCACGAGUACAGGCAUCGAAGCCCUCACUGGCCAAUCAUCUUGUCACAAGAUUGACCGUCGCAUUGACAGAUGCCACGCAGAAGCCCUUCUUGUCACAUGCGGGAGUCGGCACUCUGUCAGCAGCAGCCUUGAACCAGUGGCUUGCCCAAGAGAUUCACAUCUCUCGAGCACUGGUGCCUUUCGUUGGAUCGCUCAUCGGCAAGACCCGCAUCCCAGAGACGAGCAAUCUUACCCAAGACCCAACGUAUCGGGCCAUCGAUUUGCUCUGCUCCGCCGUCAACAACAUGAAAAAGGAGCUUGAGUUCCUGGAGAGCACAAAGCGCAAGUACGAUCUGGAAUUUGACGACGAGGAGCCGCAUCCUGCCACGCAAGGCUUCAUUGAUAUGUUCUCAAGUGCCUCGUCCCCGCAGAGCAGUCUACUUGAGGGUCUGGUCGUGCUGUGGGCUACCGAACACUGCUUCUGCACCUCAUUCCAGUACGCGAGCGGCCUAAUGUCGACCAUGCCUGCCUCGUCAAGCUACUCACUACCGUCAUACCUCACUCCCGGCCAGACAAGCUCCAACAUGUAUGGGAGUUCGCGUAUGGACGGCGAAAAUCAGCACAUCACAGCACUACACGAAGCAUUUAUACAGAACUGGACAUCUGCCAACUUCGUUCGCUUCGUCUCGGCCUGCAAGUCUAUUGUGGACGAAGUCGCCAAUGCACAGACUACGGGUAAUGGCAAGACAGAAAUGAUGGCAUGUGAGCGGCGUUUUCGGCAGGCCAUCUCACUGUGGGGUCAAAUCUGGCCUGAUGUAGACGGUAUGGGCGAAGAGGAGGAAGUCGUUGAUGAUGCCGCCACUGGCGCUGCUAACGGUGCUCGCGGCAACGGCAACAAGCCAAUCGAGAUUGAAGACGAAGACGAGGACAUAGAUGCAGACGGCGCUGCUGAUUCGCCUUAUGGUGGUACUGGGCUGGAGGCAGUUGCCGCCCACAACAGAGAGUCUGUCGGGUAG